AGGAUGGCGCGCCCGGCCGGGUAUCACUCGUCCGCGAACGACCGACGGUCGUCGAAUACGCCGAAUAAUAUCCGCGUCGCCUCGAUAACAUAUUAUUAUACCAACGAUAUCGCAUUAAUUAUUAUACCAACCCAAGUAAUUUCUGUUACCACGCAAAUUGUAUAAUAUAUUUAUACCUACGACAUAUCGCAAUCGUCAUUUGUACGAUAUUAUAUUAUUAUAAAAAAAAAUUACAAGUCCGAAUGAUAUCGUGAGUGAUCCGCGACCGAACACCGACCGCCGACCACUGACGUCUCACCGCUCCCUGUGUAGCAGUGAUACGAUCCCGGAAUCCUUCGCACGACAUCCCGAUCCGCAACAGGUCGCGGCGGUUAUUAUGGAUCUCACAUACUUGGUCGUUGCCGUAUUCGGAAUGUGCGUCUUGCGGCCGUGCAGUUCGCUGCCUGCAGCCGCCGCCGCCGCCGCCGUCGCUGCUCCUACGCCUACCCCGUCGUCACCGCCGUCGCUGCAGGUCGCCGCCGCUGUACCGGCCAACCACAAUGACAAAAGGUCCAGGUCGCUGUUCCAGUCGCCGCCGCAGGCUCCACAUCAGUACCAUCUCCAAGCCGGCGGCGCGGUCGAUAUGUACGACGACGUGAUGGACGACUUGCCGUAUUACUUGCAACACCAACAGCAGCACCAGCACCAGCAACAGUUGUCGCUGCAGGAUCCGACGGACGAGGACGAGCUGAGGACCGUCGACGACAACAACGCCGUCGAUCAGGAUAUGCGGCUGUCGAGCCGGGCGCGACCCGCCAAGCCCGACUCGCCCGUGUACUUUAUCCGCUUGCCGCCGCAACCGUACAUGUACGUUCCUGGUUACGGUUACGUCAGCCAACCGACUAGGUUGGAACCGCCGCCGUUCACGCAGCGGCCGCACUCGCCGUUCCUGAACCUGCCGCUGAGCUACGUGUCCAACGCUAAGCCCGUGGGUGUCUACACGCUGCCGCAACAGCACCACAACCAGCAGCACAACCAGUACCAGCAGCAGCAGCAGCAUCAGCAGCAACAGCAUUUGUCGGGCAGGCCGCAGAAACCGAACAGACGUCCGCAACCGUCGACCACUCCGCCACCACCACCACCGCCCCCACCACAGCAACCAGAUUCGCCAAUCUACCAUCUGGACAAAGGCCCGUACGUGUUCAACGGCCGCCCGACAGACGUGUUCCUGUUGCAGAACGCGUACGACAAUUUGUACUCCGAAGUGCUACAAAACAUUUACCCUUAAACGACCUUCACGCGAUUUAUUAUAGAAAAUAGACACAAUAUUAUUGUAUAAUAUUUUGUAAUUUAUUAUUAUUUUUUAUUAUAAUUUAUAUUUAUCAUUAUUAUUAUUAUUAUUAUUAUUAUUAUUAUUAUUAUUAUUAUUAUUACUAUUAAUUAUUAUUAAUUAUCAAUCACGACGCCGACCGUCGUCGUGAUCGCCAAAAAAGACUAUCCGUUCGCGUGAUCUUACGAAUCAAAAACAUAAAAUAAAAUAAUAUAUUUAUUUAUCAUAUAAGAGAUGCGGACUCGACCGCUGAUGUAAAUAUACGUACUCGAAUGACAACGCGUAUUAUAUAUUUAUUAUUAUUUUCUUAAAUAUUAUGUAUUGUUAUUAUAUAUUUAUUCGAAUUUUUGUUUUUGUAAUU